AUGGAUCAGUUAAAUGCCAAAUUUCAAAUUUGCAUUAUCUAUCUAUCUAUCUAUCUAUCUAUCUAUCUAUCUAUCUAUCUAUCUAUCUAUCCUAUUAUACAUGCAAGCAUGCACCGACCAGUAGCGAUCACCAACGACCAACUGACUUCAGCCGACCACGUCUUCUACCAAUCCUCUCGGCGAUCCAAGUUUCACUCCUUGCUGUCCAUCAUCUCGCGGAUCACCGUGGUUUCAACUGCCUACCUUCGGCUAAGACUGCCUGCUAAUAUCAACUCAACACGCCGACUGUCUAUUGACCUUCGCUGUAUGCAUUAUUGUCCUUCGACACCCCCUAAGCGGUUUCGUCUUCAUCUUCUGUUACCAACAACCGUCUGCCCUGGGCGACGACUGCCAGCUAGUACUAACCCAAUACACCAACUGUCUAUCAACCUUCGGCACCACACAAGUUGCACAACUGACGACGCAUCUAAGACCAACGAUUAA